AUGGCGCGUCGUCGCGCUCGACUCGCGGCGUUAGUCGCAGUCGUCUUGGUGGCGACACUGACAGAGGUCGCCGCAUCUGAUGCCAUGCAACGGGAACUGACAUUGAGCUUCACUUCCGAAGCACAGGCAGGCUCCGAGCUGCCGACGAACAACUCGUUCGUCUUCGACGGCACCUCAUCCGACAUCGCUCGACAGCUCUACUUACGACACGCAGCAGGGGAAUCCAUUGAUAAUUGCGUCCCUAAUACGAUCCCGGCCGCUGUCACGGCGCGACUGGCUCCGUUGAACGUAUCGUUCGACAAUCUACCGGGUUUGUUACAGCGAGCACUGCUAUGGGAUUCAGGAUACGUGAUCUCGCCCGAGAACGACGCAGUGCAGAUUUGGACACUAGGAGGUCGAUCUAUGUCGAAUCUAGCGAUCUCAAAAGUGGAAUUCGAUACCACAGGAUGUACAGCGUUGAACUGCAGUCAGCCGGACGAUUCGACGUAUUAUGCGAAUAACUUCUGCACGGGCACGCAGAUGCUGACGGCGGCCAAGUGUUUGAUGGACAACUUCGACUCGGAUACGAGCUCCCACCUUGCGAUGUGGUCGGACGGAGGGGAUCCCGAUAUGGUUCCGGAGAUCCGAGCGGUGAUGCAUGGAUGGCUGGACGCGUCCACAAACGAUUCGUAUUUGUUGUAUGCUGUUCAUACGAUGACUGUGGACGCGGAACCGGCGUACGGAACGUGCAAUAAAGGCGGCUACGGGUCACUUGUCGUGCCGUGCUACCCGAUGAGUAACACGUCGGCCGACAUCGUCGCUGUCAUGUCAGCGCCGGUUGCUACGCCGUGGGUGACGACGUGGAUCAAACAGUACCAACCUGCGUCGGAUACUACAGUGAACAGCGAGUCCGACAGCGACGGCAGCGGGUUCAACCUGUGGCUGCUCGGUCCGAUCCUCCUCUCCGCUUUGAUCGCGUCCAUAUUGAUCAUCUUCGCUGUCUUCAGGAAACGAAGGAGACUGCGAUCGGUCUACUUCCAACGCCCUUCUCCUGCAGAGAGUGACCUCGGUUCAAGUAGGAAAUCGAAACCUUCGGGUCCUCUCGCUGCUCCUCGUCAACGCGAGAACAGGACGAGUCUUCGUCGUACAGAACAACAAACGAUCGGCGAGUUUAAUCGCACUCUUCGAUUACCUGGUGAGGACGACAGUCCGGUUGCAGAACCGUCUCCUGUAAGUGAGGAGAUCCUGCCACGUCCACGAAGAAAUACAACACCAGCAUCAAGAACUGCGCCACCUACACGUGGAGUCCCAACCAACGCACCAACAAGUAGAAGAGGCACAGUCCCAGCUCCUCACAGUUCCACUCCACGGGCAAGGACGCACUCAACCCACACUGUAUCACCCGAACGAGCGCAGUCAUCUCGUCGCACUUCGAACGUAACCACGCGUCAAUCAUCAGGUCAAAGAUCUGCUGACGAGCGUCAAACUACUCGAACAUCUCCCAUCCGCCCCUCUUCAGCUCGAGCUCCGAAUCCGAUACGACGUCCGUCAGUUCAGACUUGUACUCGUCCAUCAUCCGCUCGCAGUUCGCGUAGAAGUCGCAGCAGAUCGGAGACUUGGAGUGAUCGAUCAUCGACACGUAAUCAUUCAGCGGCCCCUCGAGACCAUUUGCCGACACUACGGGAGUCUGCGUCGAUGUCUCCGAUCACGGAGUUCAUGCCGUCGAUCCGAGACUCGAUCCAAGCUGAUCGGGAAUCCAUUCCUGCUCUACGUGAGACGUUCAGUCGCUACUCUGCCACCGACAACGUGCAGUACACGCUGACAACAGACUCCAAUCUCAUUGGCAAGCGCAUCGCCUGGGAGCGUAUUGAACUCGGUCGACUGCUGUCUCGAGGAGCGUUCGGUGAAGUCUGGGCGUGUCGCUAUGCCGGCAAGAAAGUGGCUGUCAAGCGACUGCUACAGACGAGAACUCACACGUUCCUGGAGACCGAGAAGUUCACGAACGAGAUUCAACUUACAGCGAGUCUGAAUCAUCCGAAUAUUGUGCGAUUCAUUGGCGUAACGUGGAGUAGUUUGGAGAAUUUAGCCAUGGUGGAGGAAUAUCUUCCUCGAGGAGAUCUACAGAACUAUCUGAAGCGCAACGGAGACCUGAUGACGUGGGCUCGAGACAAGAUCGACAUGGCUAUUGGAAUCGCCAGAGCGAUCGAUUAUCUGCACAGUCGACAGGUUAUUCAUCGCGACAUCAAGGCUCGUAACAUCUUGUUAACCAAGAGAUUGCAGCCGAAACUGAUCGACUUUGGAGCGAGUCGACUGUGGGAACCUAACGACAUGACUGCUGGGGUGGGAACUCCCUUCUGGACCGCACCAGAAGUGCUCGAGAGCACGGAGUACACGGAGAAGGCAGAUAUUUAUUCAUUCGGAGUGCUGCUAACGGAGCUAGACACUUGUGAAGCCCCGUACCACAAUACUUUGGGGGCUAACGGGGAGAAGAUGAAGCCAUUCCACAUCCUCAAAGAGGUCGUGGAUGGCACAUUGAGACCGAGUCUCUCCUGUAAUUGUCCUCAGCGGAUCUCGAAGGCAGCAGACGCGUGUUUCCAGCAUGACCCGAACUUGAGACCGUCCGCUUCGGAGCUUGUGAGGAUGCUGGAAGGCUGAAGCGCAGCCCAUGCGCUUAUACAGGAUAGGAUAGCUUACACUAAAAAAGAGAAUCAACUUAAGGUUUUAACUUAACU